AUGACUAGCCGCCACACGCUCAUCUACAAAAGGGGACUUACAGGGCAGCCGGCAGAAGAGGAGGAAUCCACAGCCAGUAAAUACCAACAGUUCCGACAGACUCUGCUGCACUUGAGGGCUUCCCCCUCUGGUGUGGCCAUAAAGAAAAUAAAUCUUCAAGGACUGAAGAGGAAGCAAUUAACCGUUAAUGAAAUCAUGAUCAUGAAGAAGUAUAGGAAUCCCAGUGUUGUGAACUAUUUAGACAGCUACCUUGUGGGUGAGGAACUCUGGCUGGUUAUGGAGUACAUGGAUGGAGGCACCCUGAGUGAUGUCAUCAGCAGAAUCUACCUGUCUGAAGACCAGAUGGCAGCCAUCAGUCGGGAGUGCCUGCAAGGACUGGAUUUUCUCCACUCAAACCAUGUCAUCCACCGAGACGUGAAGAGCGACAACAUCCUUCUCAGAACUGAUGGCUCUGUCAAGUUGGCUGAUUUUGGCCUCUCUACUCAGCUCACCCCUGAGCAGAAUAGACGGUGCAUGAUAGCCGGGACUCCUUGGUGGAUGGCACCUGAAGUGGUGACAAGUCAACCGUAUGGCCCCAAAGUGGACAUUUGGUCUUUUGGAAUUGUGGGAAUUGAAAUGGUAGAACGAGGACCUCCUUACUGCAACCAAAGUCUUGCCUCGACUAAACAUCUGAUAACCACAGUAAGGACCCCAAAGCUGCAGCAGCUUAAGCUCCUCUCAGCUUUGCUGCGUGACUUCCUGAGCUGCUGCCUGCAGACAGACGAGGAGGAGCGCUGGUCUGCCAAGGAGCUCCUGCAGCAUCCAUUUGUGACAACAGCCAAGCCAGCAUCCAUCCUGUCACCACUCAUCAACUUAGUCAAGAAGAGAUAG